CUGAACUCAACUCUGUGCAGCCUGCCAUCUCUCUCUCUCCCCCUCUCUCUCUCACCGCCUCGUGCUCACGCCGGGAUGGCUCGUUGUUUGACCUCGCGACACUUCGGAUAAAAAAAUUGAAAAAAAAAAAAAAAAAGUCGUCCAGUUGGCUCGUCGCUGCGGUUUCUUGACUCUGCCGGUCUCUGCCUCUGUCGGACUUGUGUGUUCAUGUUGGGACGCGCGGCGGCGGGACAUCCGGAAUGGGGAAUUCGUAAGAGGAGACGACGCUCGCGGGCGUGCUGUUGGUAAAUAGAGCGCGAGCGCACCGACGCGCGCGCCCACCCCCAGACACACACACAGAGCCUACGCACGAGAUGGACUUUAAGAAGACAAAAUUUGGAAGGUUCAUGAACUGCAGGGUGCCAGCCAGUAAGAGAUACCAGCCCACUGAAUAUGAACACGCUGCAAACUGUGCCACGCAUGGGUUGUGGAUCCUCCCAAGUCUGGUGGGCGGGUCAGUGCUCUACUUCCUGUCUGUUGACCAGUGGCAUCGCAUGGCUGCCUGGCUCUAUGGCAGCGGUCUCACCGGCCUGUUCGUCACCUCAACGCUCUUCCACACUGCUGCCUGGAAAAUCAGCCACCUCAGGAAGGUGGAGCAGCGUUUCCACAUGUGUGACAGAAUGGCCAUCUACUUCUUCAUAGCUGCCUCCUACUCUCCCUGGCUGAUGCUGAGGGAGCUGGGUCCCUGGUCGUGCCACAUGCGCUGGCUGAUCUGGGUCAUGGCCUGCGUGGGAUCCAUGUAUGUCUUCUUUUUCCACGAGAGGUACAAGCUGGUGGAGCUGUUGGGGUAUGUGGCCAUGGGGGCUGUUCCUGCUUUGGUCAUCCUGUCUAUGGUGGAGCGCGCAGGCGUGUGUGAACUGGCGGUGGGAGGUGUCCUCUACGUGGUGGGCGUGGUCUUCUUCAAGAGCGAUGGCCUCGUCCCCUUCGCCCACGCCAUCUGGCACCUCUUUGUGGCGGCAGGAGCGUGCGUUCACUACUACGCCAUCUGGAGGUACCUGUACUUACCUGGGACACUGCUGCACACGUCCAGGUGACCAGCCGCCGUCACCUGAUGUCAGAUGAUGUCACAGGACUGACUGAGAGAAAACGUGUUUGAGUCACAGGACCACUGAGUUUAACUACAGCUAACCUGAGUUGUGAGCUUACAUGCAGAGAUGGUGCUUGAAAUUCUCCUGGUGGGGCCAAACCCCUGGGACCAAACACUCAUGAGAGAUGUUGAACAAACAGAAAAACAUUUAGUGUGCCAGGAAGUUCAAUGACCAAUCCAUCGUAGUUAAAUAAAUUAAUAGCUAUGAAUUUGGUAAAAUGUACUCCUUAAUUUCUUGCCAAUAGGUAGAUGAGAAGAUUGUUACCACUUUUUCGAUUGUGUAAGCUAAACAUGUGGCUGUAGCUAGCAGUCAGUUAGCUUAGCACAAAGACUGGAAAAAAGGGGAUAACAGCUAGCUUGGCUCUUUCUAAACAUCACAAAUCCACCAAUCGACGCCUCUAAAGCUUACUAGUUAGAUUCGAUUCAACUUUACUGUCGUUGCACGGAAUUUAAGUACUGAGACGAUAACAUGCUGUGCACAUAGCUCAUUUUAUAGCUUGAUUGCACAAAACUAUAAGUCUUAAAGUAUCUGAUAUUACAUGUGCCUAAGUGUCAAAAGUACAAUUAAAGUAAAUUACUCAUAAAUUAACAUGUACAUAUAAAUACUGUAUACUAUCGAUCAUUAGCUUGGCCAAUUAUUAGAUCUGAUAUUGAGCAUUUUUCUGAUGAUCUGAAUCAGUGUUUUUUUUUUUUUUUAUCUGAUUGUUGACUAAAUAUGUUAAUCUAAAAAUGCACUGAUUUGGCUGUGAUGCAGCAUGCAAUGCGAAAAGUAACAAGUAUCUAAAGAUAAAACAUUAAUGUAGUGAGUAGAAAGUGCAGCACUUGCCUCAAAAAAGUAUAAAGUAGGAGAAAAUGGAAAUACUCAAGUAAAGCACUUGAGUAAAUGUACUUAGUUGCGGUCCAUCUGUGAGGUUGUGGGGCAACCAACAGGUUCUCCAGGACGUCACUACUCCUAUGCUAAGAUAAGAUAAGCUAAGCUGCUGCUGGUGGUCGCUUAUUAAUUACUGUACAGAUACAAGAGUGGUAACAACUUUCUCAUCUAACCCUCUGCAACAACGAACAUUAGCAUAUAAUAGUUGAACUGUUCCUUUAAUCACUCAUCUCUGUAACUGAACUGACAGUGUGGAGUCUGUGACUACACCUCCUGAACUAUCCUGGGCUCAUGAACUGCUCUCUGUUUCAUAUUCCACAAGUGACGUGCCAAAUGUUACUACACGGGCAUUCAAUUACAACGGUGCUAACCCCGCUUUGAAACAACGAAGCUCAAGUGUCACAAUUACUGUCAUCAGAAGAAGCAGCAGAACUGAUCCAGUUGUGAUUCUGUUGUGAUCCACAGUAAAGUCGUCAUAAAUCACUUCUCAUGAUUUACUCUGAUGUGAAUAAAAGAUGAAAAGUCUAACAUGAGAUUACAAUAGAGC